CAGCUUGUGGCCAAUUGAUCUCUUCUGCCCGAAUUGUGGGAGGUUCAGAGGCUGAGUCUCUCAGAUCCCUCUCUAUUUGUAAUUCUUUUGGGAGCCUACAAUCUCUCCUAUCCGGGACCAGAGUCGGUACUAGUGAAUGUGAAGCAAAUUAUCGUCCACUCCAACUACUCUGGGUUCAGAAAAGGCAAUGAUAUCGCACUGAUGGAACUCAAGAACCCUGUGAAUUUCACCCAGCGUAUCCAGCCUGCCUGUUUCCCAGGACCUUCCAUUGUCUUUCCUCCCAGAUUGGGUUGUUGGGUUGCAGGCUGGGGAAACAUUGAAUCACAAGUCCCACUUCCUGAACCUGAGCUUUUGCAGGAAGUCCUUCUUCCCCUGGUGGACAGGGCUACCUGUGAGGAUCUUUACAGUGACCUUAAAGUACCCUGGAUGAAGAAUGUAAUAAAAGAUGACAUGAUAUGUGCAGGCUACAUGGAAGGAGAGAAGGAUGCUUGCCAGGGGGACUCGGGGGGACCAUUGCUUUGCCCGUGGGAUGGAGCUUGGGUCUUGGCUGGUCUGGUGAGCUGGGGAGAUAUCUGUGCUACCCCCAAACGCCCUGGUGUCUACACCCGGGUUAGUGCCCACAGCAGUUGGAUCUUGGGACAUGCUCCAGAAGUAGAAUUCAGCUUCAUUAAUACUGCCCAUAGCAGUGGAUGUUCCUGGUUGCUGAUGCUAAUAUUGCUAUGCAUCUUUCACUGAUUAUCAACACUCUGUCUGUGUUAUAUAUUAAUAAAAAUUGGUUGAACAUGUCUGA